CCGUCAGUCGUGUUUUAUUUGUAAUGCAAUUUUGUCUGAGCCGAAUUCUAUCGUCUAAUCGAGGUUAGGUACUAAAUUUUAUUUUACAAAAACCUUUUAUACGCAACUAUAGUAUUAUUAAUUAAACUCAGUUUUUCGUUUCGUAAAUAUAAUAUACAAAUAUUGUAAUGGCAGCGAUAAGUUUGUUAAAUCCUAAAGCCGAAUUCGCUAGAGCAGCGCAGGCCUUGGCAGUGAAUAUUUCUGCAGCAAAAGGUAUACAAGACGUUAUGAAGACAAAUCUAGGUCCGAAAGGAACAAUGAAAAUGUUGGUAUCUGGAGCAGGUGAUAUCAAAAUAACAAAGGAUGGUAAUGUACUUUUACAUGAAAUGCAAAUUCAACAUCCAACUGCAAGUCUUAUUGCAAGAGCUUCUACUGCUAUGGAUGAUGCUACUGGAGAUGGCACUACAUCUACAGUUCUCAUAAUUGGUGAACUACUAAAGCAAGCUGAAAAUUUAAUUUCUGAAGGUGUACAUCCAAGAGUAUUAACUGAAGGUAUGAUUAAAGCCAGAGAUAAGGCACUGGAGCUGUUAGAAAAAAUUAAAAUUACUGAAAAACCAGAUCGCCAACGUCUGUAUGAUGUAGCUUCUACAUCUUUACGUACUAAAGUAGAUAGAAAACUUGCUGAUCAAAUGGCUGAUAUGUGUGUUGAUGCUGUGUUAAGUAUCCAACGGGAAGACGGUAUUGAUUUACAUAUGGUUGAAUUAAUGGAAAUGCAACAUAAAACAGCUACUGAAACAACUCUUGUUAAAGGACUUGUUCUUGACCAUGGUUCAAGACAUCCAGAUAUGCCAAGAAAAGUUGAUAAUGCUUAUAUAUUAACUUGCAAUGUUAGUAUGGAGUAUGAGAAGAGUGAAGUAAAUUCUGGAUUCUUUUACAAAACUGCAGAAGAAAGGGAAAAAUUAGCUGUAGCUGAACGUGAUUUCAUUGAACAAAGAGUUAAAAAAGUAAUAGAGUUGAAAAGAAAAGUUUGCCCCCCUGGUUCAGGGAAAUCAUUUGUUGUUAUAAACCAAAAGGGCAUUGAUCCAUUUUCAUUAGACAUGUUGGCUAAAGAAGGCAUUAUUGGUUUGAGACGUGCAAAACGGCGUAACAUGGAGCGCUUAUCCUUAGCAUGCGGAGGAUCUGCUGUUAAUAGUGUAGACGAUUUAACUGAAGAUGUUUUAGGUUAUGCUGGUUCAGUGUACGAGUAUGUUUUGGGUGAGAACAAGUAUACAUUUGUGGAAGACUGCAAAAAUCCACUUAGUGUUACAAUUUUGAUGAAAGGACCAAAUAAGUACACAUUAACUCAGAUUAAAGAUGCUAUACAUGAUGGUCUUCGGGCAAUCAAGAACGCAAUUGAUGAUGGUGCUGUAGUCCCAGGUGCCGGUGCUUUUGAAAUAUAUGCAUGGCAAGAAUUACAAAAAUAUAAGGACGAGAUCAAAGGAAAAAGCCGUUUAGGAGUGCAAGCUUAUGCUGAGGCUCUAUUAGUCAUACCUAAAACUAUUACUAUUAAUAGUGGAUUUGAUGCACAAGACAUGAUAGUCAAACUUCAAGAAGAAUCUAGAGAUAGCACUGGUCCUGUUGGAGUAAAUGUUGACAGCGGUGAAGUCCUUCAGCCUGUAGAUGCUGGUAUAUUUGAUAACUAUUGUGUCAAGAAACAGAUACUUAACUCAUGUACUAUUAUUGCUAGCAACCUUUUGCUUGUGGAUGAAAUAAUGAGAGCUGGAAUGUCAUCAUUGAAAGGAUAAUUUAUUGCAUCAUUAAAAAAAUAUUAAUCUUUAUAUACUAAAACAUACUAAAAAAAAACACUAAUUUUUUUAAAAUUUUCCUAAGGAUUAUUUCUAACAUAAUAUUUUAGAAUUAAAUACAUUUUCUAAAAAAUUA